GGAGAUAAUGUGAGAAUCGUCUUCGCGAAAGGACAGUAAUCGUAUAUGAUGGCAACCCGUGACAAGUUACAUCUGACCCAACUUUCCUGACUUUUGAGGCCAAAUGGCGAUUACUAAAUAAAACGGACGAUUUUCGCUUCGUUCGUCACAAUGUCAGGGCAAAGUGGUGGACAUCGAGUGCGGUUGGCCAAGCUUAAUGAGCAAUUGACAUGCAAAUUGUGUGGUGGAUAUUUUAUCGAUGCCACUACCAUUAUAGAAUGUUUACACUCAUUUUGCAGAAGUUGCAUUGUUAAAUAUUUGGAGAAUAACAAAUAUUGCCCAAUCUGCGAAGUACAGGUUCACAAAAGUAGGCCGUUGUUAAAUAUACGACCUGAUCAUACAUUACAAGAUAUCGUAUAUAAAUUGGUACCUGGAUGUUACCAAAAUGAAAUGCGAUGUCGGAAAGAAUUUUACGCGAAACAUCCAGAAGUAUGCAGUCAGACAAUGUCUCCGGAAGCCCGUGGAGAACCUAUAGAAUCGCAUAUAUAUUCCCCAGAUGAAUCUCUUAGCUUGUCGUUGGAGUAUUUUAAUCCUCAUACAAAGGAUUUAAGUGAAGUGAAUGCUAUUAUGGAUGGCACACAAAAACCCAUUUUAAGGCGAUACUUUCGGUGUCCAGCAGCGGUUACAAUAUUUCAUUUACAAAAAUUAAUAAGAGCCAAAUAUGGACUUAGUGAUGCAAAUAGAGUGGAUAUUAUGUACAAAGAGGAGCAAUUAUGCAGUAGUUAUACAUUAAUGGAUAUUAUGUAUAUGUAUCAUUGGAGGCGGAAAGUUCCACUACAUUUAAGCUAUAGGAUAUUUGAAUCGUCUUUAAAACGUAUGAAAUUGUCAGAAGACAACACAAAUUAUAAAAAAUCUUUAAAAGAUGCUAGUAUUGAUGCUAUAGAAUUAAAAGAUGAGAAAUUGAUGAAACGCGAAUGGAAAGAGGUGCAAUUGAAAAUAUCGGAAACUGGUGUGAUGAGUAUAACUGAUAUAUCAAGUACAGUACACAAAAGAGAUGCGGGGAUCGAAAAUUUGCAAGAUGAAAAAUCUUCAGGACAAACUAUCACUUCCAUUGUAGAAGUGAACAAAACAGAUUCAUUGAUAGAAAAUUGCGACGUAUCUAAAUCACCUUCGAUAGAAAUAAUGCAAUCUACCGUGGCCAUCGACACGCAAAUAACAAAAAAUCCAAUGAGUAAUGCAUUUCUCGCUACGAGUGACGUUAAGACUACAACAGAGAAUUCAUCGAUUAAGAAUUGCACGUCGUCAAGCACUCAACACAAUGGGAAUACCACGAAACAGGAAAACGAAACGGGAAAUUGCACCGUUCCAGAAAAAUUACAGCAAGACGUGCGUGAAGUAAAAGGCCGCAAUCAAACCGCUAAUGUCGAAGAUAAACCAGGACAGAAAACUAUUAUUCAACCAGUAACACAAUUAGUGGAGGAGAGCGCAAAUAUUGUUGAAAAUACCGAAGGGACGAAAAAGUUAUCGAUAAAUAAUAAUAACAAUAGUACAGAUUUCAAGGCUGAAAUUCCGAAGGAAUGCGUAAAAAGUACAUGCGUAGAUUCGAAAACGGGAAAUGCCGGGUCAAAAAUCGACGCGUUAAGCGUAAAACUGCAAUUUCAACCGAAAAUGGGUCAAGUCAAUAAUACUUAUUCCAAGAAAACACCAAAGGAAAAACGCGCGAUUCUUCAGCAGAAUACAAAGAAAUCCGAUGUUAAAUCAUCUACCGAGAGUACAAAACUUUCUGAUACAAAGACGCGAACGAGUUGCGGGAAUACAACAGCCAAGAUAUCAGUCUCAUGUUCUACGGUGAUCCCUUCGCAAAAAUCGGUCGUAUCCGCGAUAGCAUCUCGAAACUCUUCCUCGGCGACGGAUAUCGGUUCUGGUAGACAGGAAGCUCUCUAUGAGAAAGAUAAUCAUAAUACGAAUAUCGAUGUGCAGCAGGCGUUGAAUUUGCUGGAACAGAAAACAGCGAAUUCGCCCAUACAAGCAACACUAGAAUCUGUCCCAAGAACAAGUAGUAGCCACGUCACCAGUACAGUAAAUCAGAGAUUACAAGGGACAUCAAGUAAUAAUAAUAGUAAUAAUAAUAAUACCACGACGAAUGAAAAUAUUGUAUUCACGAUUGUAUCGAAUUCUUCUACAUCUACAAUCAGUCAAACAACAUCAUCAACAACGUUUCCUUAUACGCUCCAUGAUAUAGUAAUUAACUCAGCUGCUGUAAAACCGACGUUCAAGAAUUCCAGCGCGACGGGUAGCUGUACGACACUUCAAAAAGCAUUGGGAACGUCACCGGUUGUCGCUUGUUCAACGUCGAAUAGUCAAGCAUCUCUUAUGCCGCCUCAGUUCAAUGUACAAACACCUUCAAUGAGCAUAUAUUCUGUAUCUAUGCCUUUGAAGAGUAAUUGCGGUAACACGAGCCAAAGUGUAAGUACCGUGACGGCCACGUCAACGGCAACAAUUACGGUGACAACAUCAAAAUCGACUGUAUGCUCGGUACCACCAUGUCCAGACGCAAUUCCUAUAUCCUUGAUGAAACAAGCGUCUAUACGCAAGCAGGAGGCGACUGCUAAGGGUACCAAUUUAAAUGAGAUUUGUGCGAAAAUUGGUUCCAUCGGUACAAUUGGCUCUAAAAUUAACGAUAUCUGCGCAAAAAUAGGAGAAAACUCGAAGGAGAAGAACAGAGUGGAACAGGCACGCAAUAAAUCGGACGUACCGGAUCUGCUUAAAAUCGGUACGAAGAAGAGUCCUUCGUCGUCGCUAUCCAAUUCAGACACGACAAUUAAACAUAUACCGAAUAUACCUAAUGUACCGGUAUACAAUCCGAGUAGCAACGCGACAACGGAGAAUAAGAAUGCCAAGCCAGUGUCCGCGGGUGCUCUGGCGGUAUCAUCGACAGUAACAUCGUUGGCAUCGACGUCGUCACCCCAGAUGCCCAGAGAAUGUCCUCUCAAGAAGCAAAGCCAACCGAUCGGAUAUAAAACAUUGCGUGAUCCACCCAAGUCCUGGAACCCAACGUUAUCAAAAAAUAAUUACGUGGCCGUGAAAAAUCAAGCGAAGGAGAUGCAGAAUCAAACCCAAACCACGUCCGCGUCCGAGGGCACGAGCAAACAGAUCCCGUCUAAACCGGCCAAAAUCUUCAAGAUGAGAAACGUGCCACGAUAUCUGGGUAAUCCGGCAUCGGGCGUGAAGCCCAUGUAUGGAGUCACGAACGAUGCGAAGGAAAAGGAACAGUCGGCAGUUGCUAAUACGAAGAGCGCCACCCUCAAUAUGAUGAAGAUCGAUCCCAAAACCUUGUCACCUAUUGUUUCCACGAUCAAUUCGCCGAUCGUCUCGCCGCCGCCUUAUUCGCCGAACGCUCGAAGUUAUCAAAAUACACCGUAUCCGCGGGACAUAUGUCGAAGCACCGGUUCCCCGAUAUCGCCGAGAAACUCGCCGGUGAAUAUGCUGUCGACGAAUCCAUUCAUACCGUCUCCUACACCAAAUACAAAUCCACGGAUUAUAUUUUCUCAUUUCCCCCCUCCGUUUCCGGACGCCAGCCGAUUCCCGAAUCCCUUGAUACGCUCGCCCAUCGGUAUCCCGCCUCCCAGUGCCUUCCAUAGCAGUUUACCGCCUUCGAUCAAUAAAUUGUAUCAACGAUCAGGCAGCUAUAUACCGCAAACCACCGGUAGUUACUCGCCGGUAUCCAAUCAACCGCCGGCGGUGCAGCGAAUACCACCUAGCACGCAUUCGUCUUCGCCGAAAUCACCCAAGGCCUCGUCGCCGAGUUCGAUAUCGUGCACGUCGUUUAAUCUGGGAAAAGCGGAAUCACAGUCGCCGAUCACAUCGGUAGCAGAUAGCGUCGCAUUACUUCUCUCCAAGAAUGUCCCAAUGCCGAUACCGGUACCAUCAUUGCAACGAGAGCUCAACGCGUUCAAUUUAUCCAAAACUGGUGGCAGUUUAGGUCCGAACUCCAAUGUCGUCGUCGUCAAAACGUCAUCCGCAACGGAUACAAGCAAUGCAGAUACGAUCGAGACGCAGAUCGCCAAACAAAAUUCUCCCGCGGUGUCGCACAAUUCCACGUCGAGUGCGGAGAUAUCCGGAAAUUCGAAUUCGCCGAGCAACACCGGCGAACGAAAGCAAUGUAAAGACACGGAUCAAACGACGCCGCAGGAAACGAUGCGUAGUCCUAAAGAGGAAAAUCCUAAGGCGAAGUCUACGGAAGCGAAAUGUAGCACUGAAAUCGCUGAUAACGCCAUGGGCACGUCUCCUGACAAGAAGGAAAAAAAUCAGGCAGCCAGAGUCAACGGUGACGUUACAACAGAUCAGUUUGCAAGUAAGAAUUCUAAGGAAGCUAAUAGUGAUGAAGUGACGACACCAGUGAUGGAGACGACCGAAAGAGAUGGCCAAACCGAACGAUCCUCGUCCAGAGAACGGAGUAGCAUUCCGAAUAGUAAUGCUCAAGAUAAUAAUAUAAGUGACUCUUCAUCGGCGAACGAGUCUAAGAAUGACAAGAGCGGCGAGCAGAUACAGGGUAAAAAGUCCGAAGUGCAAAGAAAUAAAGCGGAAACGUGAGAUCACUGUAAAACAUGAGAAUUAAACUGAUUAAAUUAAUCAUGCGAAUCGCGCGUCGAUGACAGCUGUAUUUAAUUCGACAUACAAUCUGGCUUUAAAUAUAAUAAUUUAAUCCUGUACAGGCUUAUACACACGGUCCAUAUUAUGAUAUUUAUUGCCAGUAAUUCGAAUGUUGUACGAGUAUAUUCCACAUAUACUUGUACUAUUAAAGAUCCUUUUGCGCUCUCCUUUUGUCAUCCGCGUGUAGCGAAAAAAAUUACAAGAGAUGCUGAUUAACAACGCUAAGCGAUGAAUUUUUACAGUAUGCGUAUCGUGUAAGGAGUGAGAAGAGCGGUCAUUGUUGAAAAUGUUUCACAACGUGUUAGGAAUCUGUAUAUUUCUGUAAAUAGCAAUCGCGAAAGAUCUAAUUAUUUUCUAUUAUAAAUGAGUUAUUAUAUAUAUCAUUACGUUGAGUACGUUAUUUUAUAAGCAUACGUUAAUUGCGAGAUCAUCUGAAUUUUUAUGCGCGUAUCUAAUACUGAUAUUAACCGUUAACGAGUCACUCCUCCCUCCUCUCUUUUCCUGUUGUUAUUAUACAUAUACAUGUAUGUAAAUGUAUACGACGUGUUCCACUUUCAUCAUAUAUCUCUUCAAUUAUGAUUCCUUUGCAGAUUUCUCUAGUAAAAAUUUGAUGGAUAUUAUAAUUUCUAACAAUCUGUAAUAUUAGAGUCUCUCAUAAACAAAACAGAUCAAUUCCACCUUUUGUAAAUUUAAUUUUAAUACCAGAGCAAUAAUCGUAUGCUUUAGUACGAAAUUUAAGAAAUUUACGAAAAGUGGAACUGAUGAAUGAUAUAUAUGACAGUAGUAAAAAAACAGUAAUAGUAAUGCAUUUCAAGUGGGACAGUGUCUUAUAUUUAUCUUGUUUCGUUAUACAUUAUAUUAUGUAUUGCAAUAUUUUGGAGCAUACAUUUUUCGCGGAUAUCGAUACAAGUUGCGGAAAUAGUGACCUUAAAAAAAAAAAAAGAUUUGCCCUAUUAAAGUUAUAUAUUUAAAUCAACUACAUGAUUUGUGUCUCGGUGUACACAUGCUUGCUGUUGAUUUGUUAAUGUCAUAGUGUAUAAUGUCACGUUAUGUCACAUCUUAAUAGCACAUAAUAUUCGUUCUUGCAUAUUGGAUGCAAGAAAUUUUUAAAUGGGGAUUCAAGUUAUUCGUUAGCAUUAAGUAACAAAGUAUCACAGUCACUUUUUUGUGUAUAACAUAAUUAUGAAAAGACACGAUGAUUCGUAGUAGAAGAGGAUACCCACGAUACAAUGAGCACAUACAUAUGUUUAUGAAAAAAAAGUGUUAGGUAUAGGUAGGUAUAGGUGAACUAAUUAAAUUAAUAUCACGUUACCUAAACCUAAACUAUACAUUUUUAUAACAUGUAAGAUUGAUAUGAAAUUUAUAUAGUUUGCAGGAUUGAAUAUUUUUGAAUAACCCUCAUUAAAGAGAAUUUUAUUCGCGAAUUAUAUAGUAUUGUUGAAAAAAAAAUCUCAAAUUCUAUUAUUUUUACUUUUAAUUAAUUUUUUUAUUGAUACUUUUUCAUAAAAUACAUUUAACAUUUGAUAUUACUCACAUUAUAUGAAAAUAAUAUCAAGAUUGAAUAUUAAUUUGUACAUGAAUUAUAUACUAUUAUAAUAAUUAUAUAUACAUAUAUAUAAUUCUUUAUUUUUCCCAGAUUGAAUAAAAAAGACAACGAUUUAAAAAAAAAUAUUCCUCUUUUUAUCAGACAAGUAUAAGUGUAGAACGAAUUUAUGUGUAAAAACUUUCAUGUGAUUAAAAGUGCGAAUAUUAUCAAUUAUUGUACUCAUAAUCAUAAACAUUACUAUACUUUAUAUGAUUAAAUUCGAGUUUUUUAAUUCUUCAAUCUAACAAAAACAACGUAUCUAAAGAAAUAUUAAUUAUUUUGUGGGUAAUUUUGAAAAUAUUCGAAGACUGCUGAUAGUAGUGAAAUGUCCGAGGCCUUAUCGUAUCAUAUAUAUCGAGUAAUAAAUAUGGAACAAUAAAAUUAUAAAAUACAUAUAUAUGCUAAUUAUAUCAGGAGAAAAAAAAGAAUAUUAGUUAACGAUUAAAUACUGUGAUCGUUAAGUUAAUUCAUCUUAUAUAGAAAACAUAUUUUAAUGCAGCACAAUUGCGCUCUCAUAAAUUUAUUGAUCGUAAA